GUUUUUGUUUGACAACUUAAGUUUCUUACUACUCCAGAUGGUAAGCAAUGCAAAACCUUCUACUUUUCCACAUAAAGAGCUAAAUGCAAGAUAUUGUUUUCACCAUCUUAUCGUGUGAAAUCAUUUAAGUGUAAUUGUUCCACAGUGAUGGCCGACGAAGAACGAAUUAAGGAAUGGGCAGAAUGGUUGAAAGUUAAGUCUGUGUUUGUAGAUCUGGAAUGGCUGGAAGCUUGUGUUAGAUGGAUAUUGUCGCGUGAGUCUAUAAACUCCGAAAUGGAACUAAAAAAUGCCAUUUAUGAACAAUGGUUAAUGUCUGAUUUAAUGGAAAGUGGAAGCAGUACUUUACCACAGUCUGUGGCAAGUAUUCCUAAGAUGCUGACAAAGUCAACAAUUGUACUUCAGAUGAAUUCAAUUGUAAAUAUUGCUGAAUCAGCAUAUAGUCAAUUAAAGAAACUAAAAAAUGAAGACAAUGAUCUUGAUGACAAUGUUAACAAGAAUAAGACACAAGUGUCGCCAUCCAGUCGUAUGUUAAAGUUAGAUUUAACGGAUGGUCAUCAGUUUAUUGAGGGUAUGGAAGUUUCACCUAUAAAGAAGUUAAGUUCUGAUACUUUACCAGGAACCAAGGAAAACCAAGAACUCUACGACUAACGAUGAUGAAUUAUCUGGUGAACAACAUGAAAGCAAUUUCCAAGUGGAAACAUCCAACAACAGUUCUGGUGAUAAUUUUGAGGUUGACAAAUGGCUGGAUGAUAACGAAGAUGAAAAUCUGUUGGUGAAUCUUGAAGAUGACUUUGAAAAUCAAUCUGUUCCAACGGUUGUAAUACUAGAUGACGACAUUCCACAUGAUGUAGUCAUAGAAAAGGAGUUUGAAAUUGAUGAUGAUAUUCCUAACGAUGUUCUAAAUGACCUGGAUGGUUAUGAAUGUUAGUUUGAUGAUCUGGUGACAAUGGAGAUCAUUUGAAGAGAAGUGGAAUCAUGGACAGCGGUAUGUUAAUGAAGAUUUUUAUAAAAAAUUUUUGUACAUUUUCAUGUUGACGAGGAUGUAUUGAAUCUCUCAAAAAAAAUUAAUGUUCAAUACA